AUGGGCACGCCCGCACUCGCGCGCCGCAUCGCAAUAGGCGUAUUGAUCGGUUCAUCGGCAGGCAGCCUCCUGGCCAUCCACCAAGACAGGCAGCAGCGGCUGGCGCUGGUCGGCGCCUCCAACUUCAGCAGCGGCGGCGCGUCCUCGGGCGUGGCGACUUCGCCGGCAGACAGCGAUAUGCUGCGGCAGCAGCCGCGGCCCCCGGGGCCGCCGGGCCAGCAGCCGCCCGGGUCGCGGCCGCGCGCCAUCAACCUCCGAGACCUUGGGGAGG